CCUUUUCCGAAUGUGGAGUUUCGACCCUUCCCUGCAGAGCUGGGCGAUUCAUCCCAAGUUCGAGCGAUAACGAGCAAAGCGGGUUCUAUUUGGAGGCAGGGAAUUUAUCGGAGGCUUGUGUGCUCUAGUGGUGCUGUCAGCAUUCAGGAUUUGAGCAUUGGGCUGGACUUCCAGUGACGUUCACCGCGGAUUCUACAGGAGCUCGAGAGCAGCGGAGGAGGAACUUCUUCGUUUUUUCUCGACGGUGCUAGAUUCGGUUCUCCAGCAGGUUUUGGCUCGAGAUCAGAUACAGGCAUCAAGAGCUUCGUAGAGAUUGAGCGGUUGUGAACAUGGAAGAAACGAUGAUGGAGACGGAGGUGACGACGACAGAGGCAAAUGGGAACGAGGUCGUUAAACCUCAAUUUAAGCCUCUAUCGGCUCAUGAGAUGGGUGGUGGAAAAUUUCAGUAUAGGAAGGUUUUUGUUCCUUCUCACAGAUACACGCCGCUGAAGGAGCACUGGAUGGAGAUUUAUACUCCUGUGAACGAGCAGAUGAAGAUUGACAUUCGGAUGAACUUGAAGAAUAAGAAAGUGGAGCUGAAGACCAGGAGAGACACCCCGGACGGGGGAUCUUUACAGAAAUGUGCUGACUUCGUUCACGCUUAUAUUCUUGGAUUUGACAUCCAGGAUGCUAUCGCUCUUUUGAGACUCGAUGAUUUGUACGUAGAGUCUUUUGAAAUUAAGGAUGUGAAAACUCUGCGCGGUGAGCAUUUGUCGCGUGCAAUUGGCCGGCUUUCAGGAAAGGGUGGAAAGACCAAGUUCGCUAUUGAGAACUCUACCCGCACACGAAUAGUUAUCGCCGAUCAACGAAUUCACAUUCUGGGUUCAUUUGCCAACAUUAGGGUAGCACGCGAUGCACUGUGUAGUCUGAUUCUAGGGUCUCCUGCCGGGAAAGUGUACUCGAAAUUGAGGACAGUAGCCAGCCGAAUGGCAGAGCAAUUCUAGACGCCAUGGCAGAAAUUUUGCACCAUUACUUUGUAAUAUGUAAUAUUAUACUUCAAAUAUACCACGCGAUACUGCAGCCAGAGAUUCUAAUCAAGGCGGAUAAAGAAGAUCAUUUCACCUGGAAACGGUUUGCCCCUCUCGAAUUGGCCCUAAUUUUUUGUGAAAUUGAGUCGUGUGAUUUUCGUCGGUAGCCGGUUGCGAGUUUUUGUGACAGAUGUUGUAAUUCGAUCACCAGUGUAUUCAAUAAAUCGGGGUUUUGCAGUCUGUGCACAUAGAUUGCAGACGCUUUUGCCGAAAUAUCUAUUAU